AUGGCAGGGUAUGGGCAGAAGGUAGUCCAGCUUUGGAACGAUUGGCAGCUCACCGCAGCGGUGCUGUUUAGCAUCUCCCUGCAUCUCCUCCUCCUGUGCACCGGCGGCCUCCGGAGACGCAGCCGGCCCAGGUCGUGGAGCAAGAAGUACUACUGGGUUCUUUACAUCGGAUCGAGGUGGAUAGCCCCUUACGCCCUCGGCAUCCUCUCUCGCGCUUCCAAGGGCAGCCCCGACGCCGACAUCCAAGCGUUCUGGGCGGCCUUCCUCCUGUUCCACCUGGGAGGCGUCGAUGAUUUCACCGCCCUGUCCCUGGAGGACAACAAGCUCUGGGACCGGCGCGCCUUGGAGCUGACCAUACAUGCGGUUAUCACCGGAUAUGUGUUCUUCCGCUACUUCCUGGACCCCUCGUUCGGGCGCUUCAUCGUGCCUUUUGUGCUCAUCUACUUGGCCGGAGCGGUGAAGUACGCGGAGCAGGUCUUUGCGCUGAGGAGAGCAACCAUGAAGAAGCUCAUACAGUCGGUGCUCGGGAAUCCUGAUGCUGGCCCAGACUACGACGACUUCAUGGAUCGAGUGGACGGGAUCUUGAGAUCAGGUGUCCUGCCGUCCUUCACCAUCAGCAGCGACAACGUUGACCGGCCAAACGCAGGUCCGUCUACGUCUAACGCCGACGCUCCGGUGGCUAUGGAAGUAGGCUACAAACAAUUGCAAACGCCCAAGCAGGCUAUGGAAAUCAUCCGCUCGGCGCACUCUCUGUUCAAGAAGUUUAAGGUACUCUUCGCUGAUGGUAUCUUCAGCUUCAAGGACAGACAAGACGGUCAGGCUAAGUUCUCGGGUUCAGACGCGCACCGGGCCUUCAAAAUCAUCGAGGUAGAGCUCAGUUUCGUGUACGACAGGCUAUACACCAAGGCUUCGGUGUCGCCCACAAAGGUCGGUCUGCCUAUCAGGGUCGCCAGCCUUAUUUUAUCACUCGCGGGCAGCCUGUACGCGUCGUUCGCCAUAUGGCGUUCGAGUCAGUACAAGCUGAGGCACAGGUGUGUGACGUACACGCUGCUCGCUGAGGCCGUGCUCACUGACGUCGUCGCACUGGCAGCUCGCCUCUUUAGCGUGUGGUCACUGCUAGAAAGCGAGUGGCUGAUGAAGCGGUGCUGCGGCUGCUGCCUUGGCAGAUUGACGGCUGCAUCUGCUGUAGAUGAGCUCGAGUUAUGGGAUGGUUUCCAGAGGCACUUUGAACGGCGAUCUCUCAUGGAUCAAAUAAGGUCAGGAAGCUUCUGGAAGUACUAUAAGAAGACAAGACACGUUCCAGUAAGUGAGCAACUCAAAAAGUUUAUAUUCGAAGAGAUAAAGGACAAAGAGAGGCUCUUUGUAGGAACAGCCAAGAACGGAGAGACCUUCCCCGACCCCGACUACAGUUACAGGGGCGACAGAGCUCUUGGGAACAAAGAGGUUCAUCUAAGGUGGAGCAUACAGAAGAAAGAGUUUGAUGAGAGCCUACUAAUAUGGCACAUAGCAACAGAUUUGCUCUUCCGCGUAGAAAACUCCCCAGGGCUCGAUCCCGAGACCAGGAAGUUUAUGGACAUGGGAAGCCAGCUGUCAGAUUAUCUCUUCUACAUCAUGGUGGUGCACCCGUUGAUGCUGUCCUCCUCCACUACCCUCGCCACCAAGAGGUGCAAAGACACAAUCGCAGAAGCCAGAAGGCACUUCUUGAAGAAGCAUGCCGCCGCAAGGACAUGGUCAUGGUAUUCCAAGAAAAAAGAAGAUGCAACCUCACCAAACGCUGCAGAUGGCGGCGACAAGGCGGUGACUGAAAAGAACGCCCACGAAUCCCUGCUCAGGGUUGUCCAGGACACGCCGCUGCAGGCGUCGGUGGUGAAGGGGGACAAGAGCAAGUCGGUGCUGUGGGACGGCUGCUUCCUCGCCGAGGAGCUGAAGCGGAUCAUGGGUGACCCCAAGACCAGGUGGGAGGCCAUGUGCAAGGUGUGGGUGGAGAUGCUGUGCUACGCGGCGGUUCACUGUGGAGGGUACCAGCACGCGGAGCGGCUCAAGGAGGGCGGCGAGCUCAUCACCUUCGUCUGCCUGCUCAUGACCCAUCUCGGCAUGGGCAAGCAUUACAGGACCGAGGUCGGGGACGCGUAUCCUUACCUGUCCCGCUAUUCAGCUGCCCACAAGUAA